AUGAAUCCCUCCAGAGAGUCUGUGCAAGCACUUCAUGCCGAUCGGCUUGUUGAUUUCAUGCUCAUGGCGUACUUGACCUUGUUAGACCCAUCUGGUUUCACCAGACGCGAGAUCUAUGCGCUUUUCAGCAAUGUGAAAGAGUCCUACUUUCUUGAAUGGAUCCUUCCCCUAUUCAAGGAGGGCCUUCCUGAUCUUUCCGAGAUUGAAAUUGUUAUUCAACGCCUCCUUGAUACUGGUCUUUUGGUUCUUGAUUGUGGUGAAAAUACACAACAUAAUGUUAACAAUCAUUUCAAAAUCAGCUCAGACGUCCGCGGAUGGGUUCAGAGCGAGCUUUUGGCCUCUGACGAGAGUUCACUACCGACGAAUUUAGCUACGCUUGCCAUAGAGACUGUUGCGUAUAUGUUUCGCCGCGGCAUCGUGCAAAACCCUGCUCCCCACAUGAGGAGUACAUAUGAUUAUGCAGAAAUGGUUCCCUACGGCCUUCGCAUCAUCCCUCUCCCGGAUCUCAUGCUGUUUGUCGAUGGUUUAUACCGCAACGGUGACUUCGAAUACGCCGAGAGAAUUGCGCAGCAAAUUAGCGAUCAACACGCCGACAAGAUUCCUGAACGUGGCAAUCAAUGGGUCGGAUUUUCUAGUGAGGGAGAUUUUGUCAAAAUGUACAUGUUUCUUACACGCUGCUACCGGCACAAACCCAACCCCAACUACCUUACGAUCAACAAUUCGUAUCUCCGAGCAUUAAAACAAGCACACAGGGACCUCGACUCGGACAACACCAUCAGGCGUGGCUGUGAAAGAGAAUAUAACCAUUUUCUUGAGUUUCUUAAGCUGAAAGAGUCAGAGGCUAGCCUGAAAACAUUGGUGUCCGAGAUGGAGGUACAGAUUUUGUCGCUAAGGAAUAGACUUGCUGAGGGGGGCUUUGAGCAGUGGGCCUGUGAUUUGGGAUAG